AUGGUUGAUGUUAAUAGCCAAGGGAUUUUUGAAGCUGGAGACAUUAUUAAGUAUGGUUACAUGAGGAUUAAAAGACCACCAUCUUCUACCAAAGUGCGGAUUAAGGUGAGUGAAGUACAGAGGUUGUGUUCAUAAUAAGAACAGGCUCUCAACAGUGAGUCAUCAUCGCAUUUGAUGUAGCUGCGCUGUGUUUCUAGUUACAGAUUGAUGUCAUCAUUUUCCAUGUUCUUGUAAAAGCAGAAAGACUCAUGUAUUGUAUAUUAGGCAAUGUGCAGUGAGAGUUACCUUUUUUCUCUGUGUUUACCAAACAAUUUUAUAUAACAGAACCUGUCUGACACAGCCUUAUGUAAAAUUUAUUUGAAAUUUGGGAACCUUUGAGUUAGUACUCAUGACUUUGCCUUCCUGCAGGCAGUCUUUCUGUUAUGGUCAUGUGUCUGGAGACCUCUGGUAUACUUCUAGAGAUAAUGAAUAAGAAUUAGCUCUUUUGUGCUUCUCUAUUCAGUGAAUAGUUAUCAUUGACAAAUUUAUCUAAAGCUUGAGAGUGAGAUUGCAAACAAUCAAUUUUUGACUGAAAAGCUUUUACAAUCAGUCUGAGAGAAUGUUGAGUAUUUACAAAAGGUACAUUUUUUUCUGUGAUUAGUUUCAGAGUGUUAUUCAUGACAAAUGCACACAAUCUCUUAUCUGAUCUUCCAGUCUUAAGCAUGCAACUGGCUCUUAAGAAUUAAGAAUAUAACAUUUAAUAGCUAAGGGAGUCCCUUAGAGAAUCACAAUUUCUUAUGUGUUUCAGAAGGUCUUAAGUAUGAAUCAAAAUCUUUUUUUCUUAUGAAUAUUUCCUUAAAUCCUGAAUAGUAUGGAAAGAGAAUUUUUUUGGAAACUUUUAUUAGUUGUUUAAGGGAUGCACCCAUCCUUCUGUCAUCACACUCAGUAUUAAAAGCAUUGUUUAUGAUCAUAGUUAGAUAGCUUCCUUUCGUUUUUAAUCUCUAAGAGAUGCUGGCAGAAAUGCAUUUUUAGUCUACACGAAAAUAUCAAUACUUGAUUGUACAUGAACAAAAUUUUCCCUGGACUAAUAAUUUGUCAUAACUGAACAGCAGAAUGUGAAUGAUUGGGAUUGUUCUAAACUGGAAAAUCCUGAGACAGCCAUUCUUAUUUAGAGAAUCCCUCAGUUUUUUCUUUCUGUCAUAUCUUCUUUCUCAGUUCUGUUAAAAAAAACAGGGCUUGAGUGUAGUACACCAAACCAUGCUUGAAUUCAUUGAUGCGUCCAAAAUGUUGGCCUGAAUCCAAGAUAAAGAAGCUAUAAAUUUUCUCUAUCACCAAUUUAAUGUUUGAUCUUUGUGAUGUUCUGUACUUUCCCAACAACUGCUGCAUAGUUAGCUUGAAAUUUCAAGCAACAAUCAAGAACUUAGUUGCUAUAACUGUCGUAAGCUGUUAUUUUGAAUGGUGAUUCAUUAUAUAUUUGAAGUCAUUCAAUAGGAAAACUUUUCAUAACAUUUCCCAUUAUACUUCCUUUGAGCUGCUCUGUGUAACCUUUCCUUACUGAUUUUUGAAACUUAACAAUCUUAAGUAAAUGUGCAUGUAUAUGCAACUUACACCUAUGCAGUAUAAUGAAUCAGCACUGGUCAAGAAUGUUCUAGUUUAUGUGACAGCUGUACAGUCUGUCAUUAUGCAAAAUAUCUUGUAUAAUUAUAGAUUUUAACAAAAAAGAAAAAUGUUGGGCCUUUACGUGAAGUUUACAGUUAAUAUGAUUAAGUCACAAUGCCAGAACUUGCCAUGGAGAAGUUCAAAGGCACUCUCCUUGUGCUUCUUAAAUUGCAUUGUAAACCUUGUAACUGAAAGAAGAUCAUUAUCAGUAAUUCUCAACUCUCCCAGCAACCAAAUGUUUGAAUUUACAUAUUUUUAAAAUGUGCAUCAAAGUGUGUACUUAAAGGAGGACAAUUUUUAGUGGGUAGUUUAGUUGUUCUUCAAGUGGUUGUGUAUUCUGAGAUGAGUAUUAUGUCAUAACAAUAAUUCAGCUGUGAAUUAGGAUGAUGUUGUGUGAAAGUAAAGUAUCAUUUGGUUAUAUAAUAGCAUAUCUUGCUAAACUUUUGCAUAAUUUAUAUAAUGACUCAUCAGUGAUGUUGUACUUUCACUAUUGCUCUGUGUUUGUUUUAUGCUUUUUUUUUUUUUUCAAAACUUUACACAACAGACAGUUCAGACAAGGCAGAUAAGCUAUAAACAAUUGUAAAUCAGACAAUGCAGCAUCCACUGCCAAGUUAACACAUUUCAGUACAGUGUAGCUGUGAAACCUGAGAGUAAAGAAUUUAACAACCUAAUAAAAACUACACUUCUCUAACUAGAAAUUUUACACUGUUACACUUUUAGAUUUUCCUUGGCACAUUUGAAAUGAUUUUUAUCAAAGAACUCAAGGGUAUCACAGAAUGCAAAUUUGUAUUCAAUUACUUAAUUAUAUCCUCUGGUUGGUGUGGUUCAGGAGUAGGUCUGGAAAUUAUUUAAAUCAGGCAAAAGUCAGGGAAUUGCAUUUUUCACUUUAUUUUAACAUGCGCUUUGUGCAAACAAAAUCAGACAAAAAGUUUUGAAAAAAUAGACUCCAUAAGGUUGGGAGCUGACAAAUUAGCUGUCUUUGACUUUUAUGUUAUUCCUGCUUUAAUUUUUUUUGUUAGUGCUUUAACUCUUUCUAGAACUACUCUUAACACAAGUUCAUCUUAAGUAAAUGAUUCAAUCACUAUUCCAUAACCUAGUCCUUUCUUUUUCCCAGGCAUGGCAAUCAAAAUUUUUUGUUUUGAGAGACAAGACACACAAAUCCAUUCAAAGGUUGGAAUAUUACAAAGAUGAAACUGCAUUUGGGUUUCAAAAAUCAGUGGAGUAUUCUUUUGGAUUGGAUAAAAUUGCCUUCAUUGGUGAAACAAAAAGCUCAAAGGCCAAUUCCUAUCCAUUAAUGGUGCUGUGUAGUAAACAGGGAGCCUUGACCUUGGCUUGUGAUACAGAACAAGCUAGAAAAGAUUGGCUGUCGAUGUUGAACAGAGUUGCCAUCAAAGAGGGUGGAACCAACUCCUCAGAGAUGUGGGCGAAUGUCACGGUUGAUGACAGUCCAGUGUCAACACCAGAGCUUCCAAGACAAGCAUCUGCCAAGUUGUCACCAUCACUCUCCAAGUCUUGCAGUGAAUCCGUAGAUGUGUCUCCAGGCACAACCAGGAAGGCAGCAGGUUUGUGAGAAUGGCACUGAAUAGACUGAUUAUAAAACAAAGUUUUUGCUUUUGCUUUUGCCCACCAAACACAAUCAUCAACAGGGAUAAGCAGACUCUUUACCUGUAAUUCCUCCAGUGAAACACGUGUAUUAUAUUGGAAAGACUUGACACUUCCAGUUGAAAUGCCCCACACCACCCAGGCAAAGUUCAAAUUUCCCAAACCCCCCCCCCCCUUCCCGGACAUCCAGUUUUCAAAUGACUUACCAGGAGUAAAUGUCACACUGUUUCUCUGUCAACAGGUUAUUUUGUCACCACAAGGCUCACUCCCCAUUCAGAGCAGAACAAUAUCAGGGGAGAUUUUCUGAUGUGUAUUUCUGAUAGAGAGGUACUCCUGAAGUCUGCUGCUGAGAGGAGUCAGACAGUGGUCUCAUGGUCUGUGGCUGAUUUACGAGCUUUUAAGAGUGAACCUGCAGUUAAUGUAGCGGCUAAAGAUAUGCAACUUCUCACACUACAUGUUGGAAGGUAAGGUUUUCAACUUUGUAGACAAAUAGUGAUGUUGUGGAGGUUUGAAAGAACAUUGCAAAAGCAACUACACCAUUUUAAUUUUCAAGGAUAAAACCAAGAGAGCUAGUUAUUCACCCUUCGAAAUGUUAUGUAAAUGGUAAGUUCUCUUUUAGACUUCUGGGGAAUUCACUCUUUCUCUCUCUAAACAGACGCACUGCGACCGGUGAAGGAAUAUUCCAGUUCUUGACCAAACACGGCGCCACUAUCGCCGAUGAAAUCCGACAUCACUCGCGGUACGUCGUCAAGUCGGCAGCGGAGAAGCGCGAGGCUUUCCGAAGGAGCUCGACAAACAGCCAAUCGAGGUCUCCACCAAAUCUUGGUUCGCCCAAAAGGCUUUCAAAAACGAUGACCGCACCCACGGGAAAGAUUGCGAGUGUACUUAAAAGGGAGAACAGUUUGGCGACUGAUCAGGCGAGAAGACGAGCCGAUACCGAUCCCUUCUUGGGCCAGAGAUUAGGGGACAAUGGAGCCGCUGAACAGAGCGAAAUAGAAGAAGGCGUUGUAUCCCGUUAUGAUUCCCGAUCGAGAUCUGCCACCGAGUCGUCUGUUGAAAAAGCUGGAGAUGAUGACGUUUUCGUGCCACGGCGAAAUUAUCCUGAGAUUGAUGCAAAUGUCGGCGUGAUCGAGGAGUCGGAAAUCAGCCCUUAUAUCGACCUUGUAUCGGACGAGAACGCGGAGCCAAUCCACAUCUCUGAUCCAGUUCCUCUCUCACGCAAAACCUCCACCGAUUCCUUUACGAGCAGCAGCUCAUUUGGAAGCGAAGAGGGAAACAUGCGCUCUUGUAACUCUCUGUCCAGGACCUUCCCAAACACGCAGUUGAUCCCGGAAGAAAAUGAAAUGGACUCUGAAGGAUAUAUUAGAUGCGAGUUACUGCAAGACAGUAGUCGUCCGGCUAAUUCUCUACCUAAGACCUUUCCUAACGCACAGCAAAUUACGGAAGAAAACGACAUCGACUCUGAAGGAUAUAUAAAAUGCGAGGCCCUACAGUCUGGGCCAACUGAAAGUAGCCUCGACGGAAACCGGAAUAUUUUAGAGUCUGUCGUGUUCGAAAAAUGGACGGAUGACCAGAUGGGCGAAACCUCUGGUAACCAAAGUCUACGGCGCUCUUCUGUUGGUGCACAUUCAGCGAAGAGUAACAGCUCGGAACUUUCGCCAGCUACUGUGCGAGUUAGUCAAAAAACACGCGAGAAUCUUCUUUCCCAAAUAAAAGACCCAAACUGCGGUGAAAUCCAACUGAAACCAAAGUUGGAAAAGGAACAAGCAGUUAAGUCGGAAAACAGUUUACCACCAAAAUCUAAAUCAGAAAGUGAUGCUCUUCGGGUUCCCUUUAAUUUUGAUACUUCUAAUCCUGAGUCGAUGAAAAAUAUGUACGAGAAACUUGUUGCUCAGAUGGAGAAACCACAAGAGAACGACGUCAACCUCUUUCCAUGUUCGCGUUUUAAGCGUAACAGUAUUGGGGCUGUUUCCGUGGAGACGGUACAUGAAGUUCAGCAAACAUCGGUAACCUCAGUGACAGGGAAAGUUAAUCAUCUGUCGCUCAAGAAACGUUCUGUUAUUGAGAAAAGUAAUUCUCACUCUGAAGGAUUCGCACCACGCCCUCCCUUUCCGGGUCCUCCUCCAUUGCCAGUUCGUCCCACGCCCAGCGAAGCGAUCCGAAGACGAUCCACCACGGAAAUAUCUGAAGAACUCCAGAAACGACCCGAACUGGCGGCCGCUCAUCGUUCGACAUUCUUUGCCAAGGGUAUAGGCAGUGUAGAUCCGCAAAUAUUUCGAAUUCCCCUGAAGACUAAUAUCAAUUCCAGCCACCUGAGCGGAGAAGCGGCCAUACAGGCGCGACUUAUUGAGAAAACUGAAAUGAGAGAUGAACUGGCUCAGUGUGCAACAAACCUGGCUCCAAGAAGUGAACUUCCGACGUGUUCAAUUGUUGACGGGGGAAGUCAUGAUGACUUAUUAAGUGCCAAUAAUGAUCCCUCAGAGAAAAGUUCAUGGAAGUCGACCGAAAAUUUAGAAGACGAUGGACUUAAAGAUAUGAAACGUAAAGAUUCAAAGGCCAGCAAACUUGUGAAGAAAGUGUGGAAGCAUGCGCGAAAACCUCGGCGGGGAAGUAACGAGUCACGAGGUGAGGCUUGCGAAGAUGUACCGGAAAAACCUCGGAGAGAUUCGUUGUCGCCUGGGGAUGUCAUGGAUAUUCAAGGACGGUUUUCGGGAAGCGAACCAAGUACACCAGAAGUGUCCCCUCAGAUGACCAGAAGAUCGUCCAAGUCGUCACCAAAGGCCUCGCGUAAGACAUCCAGAGAGGAAAAAUUAAGAAAAGACAAAGAGUCUCCUGAUAUCACGGCAAAAUUUUCAUCCGCUUCCAAGAUUCUGCGUAAGAUAUCCAAAGGCAGUGAUACAAAGAAAGACGAACCUGCAGUGAAAAAGGCUUCCAAAGAGGAGUGGUUGGAGAAAGAGGAUUUUACGGCUGAUCACACAGCAAAACAAACGGCUUCACCCAGUUUAUCGUCUACUUGCACUAACAAACAGAAGCAAAGGAAAUUUGAAAACGUCGAACAGUUCCAAAUGGACUUGAAGAAUGAUACUUGCAGAUCAAACGAAGUUAUUAAUAUAGAGACUGAAAUGUCUUGUCCAAUAAAUGGGCUUAGUUCUGACAUGCUUGACACUGAGUGUCCACAAAUCAUAGAGGACAACGCCCCUGCGCCAGCCCUCCCCCCACGGAAGAAGUUCAACCCUCCCCCUUUGCCACCCAGAGUGGGAAAAUCAUCAAGUAACUCGAGUUUUACGGCUGCUGCCCAUAUGAGUACCUCUCUCCCUAAUGGAAGAACAUCUCAGCCUGUUGCUGCAUCGGCGAGGGAGGGUAGACGACACAAUGGAUCAAGAAGUAGUGCUUCGAGGGAAGAGUUGCUGCCUCCCCCACCUGUUCCACCACGGAGAGAGAAUGCCCAGUCACCCGAUGCCAAGAAGAUGAUGUCAAACGAACGGACCUCUGCUCGUGCUCCAGUCAUUCAGCUGACUUGCUCCUCACCGGAAAAUAAAGACGACUGUGUUGAAAAACGCUUUUCGGGUGAGCUCAAGAUUCGAGUUUGUCUACCAACUACCAGCUUUUUUCAGGGUCGAGUUUCUCUUUAACUUUGAUUACCAUAAAUUAAAAAAAAAUAAGAGGGGUUUCUUCUGUAUGGGAACUAAGGGUUAUUUAGAAAGUGAAAGGGGAUUGGACUGGGGCAAAGUUAGAGAACGAGCGUAAGAAGUGUUAUCCACUCACAACCUCUCGCCUUUACUUCGGGGCAAUCCCUAACACAUCAGUAGCAAAAUCCUCUCCCACUAGUCGUCUGUUCUAUUGAGACUCAAAGUCAAAGAGAGGCACAUUUCAGGGUUAAGUGUUCUAUCCAAGAAGAUAAGGAACUUGGAUUAUGGCUUCUCGUUUGAGGUUGAAUUUUCCCUUCGAUGUAAAAUAGUUCUUCUCUUCCUAGCGUCAUUGAACCUAAACACGUAAUGUUAAUGCUAUCAACAUAUCUUAACAAUGAGAUUUUAUUUUAAUUACGGUAGAUUCCGAUGAGGAUAUGGUAAAUUCCCUGAACGAUAAGGUAAUCGUCUUUAAUAUAUCAGUUUUACGAAGCAUCAUAUCGGUAAACGGAAAGUGUACAAAUUAGUGAAGGUAUAGACUGCUUUUCGCUUCAACAGAUAUUCGUGACGUCAAUGUAUGACGUCAGUGCAUUAGCCGAUGGCUGCUGGUAAUUCAAUUUGCAAAGCAUGCAGAGAGUUGGCUUGACUUGCUUGCUCUUUAUAGUCUGCUUGGCUUGCACACAUAGAGAGUGAAGGAACUAACGUCUUCCCUUUCCCUCCUGUCUGUGCGUGCAUGGUUAGAGAAAUGUCCUUUGAUAAAUUCCUAAUCACUCUUUGCUCCAAAAUAGAUGAUUUCGGCAGGGGCGGUUAGACUCCGAAUAGCCUCUGCGUUGAAUCUUUGUAGAAAGGGAGAGCCUUAUGGGUAGACAUUUUUCUUUCUUUUUUUUUUCCUUUUGAUGUGCCCGGUAAUCACGCGUGAAAAUAGAACUACCGUGACAUCCUGAGCAAAAUUGUAUGUGUGGUGGUUGUAAGUAUGAUCGUUUCCCCGGUGCGACAUAAGAGCGUAUUGAGGUUUUCUGUGAGAUACAGCUUGUUUCCAUUUCAUUUUUAUGAUCGAGUUAAUAUUGUUCUGUCUCUUCCCAGGCCCCAGACCAAAGCCCUCCGACCAUGUCAGCCGCUCAUCAGGCAUGUGACUCUCUGUCGCAGCCAGUUCCCCUCCGGCCACCCAAGGGAGAGCAACAAGUCCAAACAAGUGAAUUCUUCCGCAGCCAUACGAACCAGCAAGUUUGUAUUUCUUCCUCUUAUUCAGAAACCUUGGAAAUGGACGCAUCAGAUCAGGGUGAGGAUUGGUCAGAAGAUAGUUCAGGGCAACACCCUUCCCAGUCGAAUCACAUGGUUGAGUCGUCACCAGGUCCACUUAACUCGGGAGAAAUUCGCGUGAUAAGAUCACCGAGGGAGGCGAUGCGUCUGAAAAUAAACUUGAUGAGAGAGGCGUCUGUUGACGAUGAUGAGGUCCCGUUCGAGAGUGAUGAUAGUAGAAUCACUAGUGUUAUAGGUGAAAACUUUGAAGGUCAAAUCACGCCGAAAAGAUCGAGCACGCCCUUGAAUAUUGAAAGAAAUUCGUUGACACUGUCUAGUGUGAGCAUAACGUAGCUUCAACCGCACGUGAUUGGGAAAGGGCGGGAGGUGGGGGUAGGUGUUUGAUAUAAGAAGCUCCAGCUCAUGAAAGCAUAAAAUGAAACGAGUUAUUUUGGUAACGGGAAAUAAAACAGGGAAAGUGGGUUUGGACUAAGCAGAAAUUGGGUCAUAAUUUACUGGAUUUUCCAUUUCUCAGUAGUUACAAAUACGAAUGGAACAUCGUAGAACAAAAACAGCUUUCAUUACUUGCUCUUUACUAUGCCAUAAAGCGGCCGGCGCUUCCUAAAUCAAAGAUCUGUGCACGUUUUGAUUCUUCAUUUUCCUUGCAAAAAAAUAUUCGCCGGUUCGAUUGCGAUCUUGAAAGGAAUCGCAGUCAUGUUUACUAGAUAUAUCGUGAAGGAAACGAAAACGGCGAAUGUGAACGUGGAAAAGAAGGUCGACUUUUUGUUAAAUGAAAAUAAAUACGGCAUCGUUUAAUCAUUUAGUUAAAACAUAUUAUCGUGUAUAGUUGUCGAAUAGUGUAGAAAUAUUUUCUUGUUUCUUUUCUCCCUCGGUUCGAUUUUUAUUUAGUAGAACUUUUGACUUGUUUUGUGUCCUGUUACGUAGUCUUGUAUUUACAUUUAUCCUCUUCUAUGUUGACUCUGAUUGGAAAAUGAAAACGAGGCUGUCGAGCCUUUAAGUAGCAGGGUGGAAUUAGGGGUAAAUAUAAUAUUUAUGUCUCUUUUACUGGUCGUGCAUCAUGUUGUAACUGAGUAUAAGAAAUCUUGCCUUCCAUAUUUAAACGAUUCCUUGAAGGUACUGUGUACCUUAAGAAUAUUUACCAUUUAUUGACAGUUAGUAAUGUGGACGAAAUUUGGAACAGAAUUCCCUCUAUUUAAAGUGGUCUUAUGCACCCAAUAGGUAAAAUUUAUCAAGUUAAUUUUGAAUUGUUACAAGAAGCACUAGCAUUGAUUAUAGAAAUUAAUUGUAAAGGUGAAAGGUAUUUUAAUAGCAGUUGCUAAAUCAUAAUAUUUAAUGAAAUUUACUAUUGUGGUUGAUGAUCACAUACUGCACUGAAUAAGAGAAAUUAAACACGCA